GGACAAAUGUGCAUCGAAUUUCAUUUGCUUCCAACCAAAAUCACUUUUGUUGAAGCUUCUCAUCCUCUCUUCCCUUUCUCUCUGUCUCUCUCUCUCUCUCUCUCAAACCCAAUUUGAUUCAUCUCUCUCUGUACUAUUCUGCUGUUCUUUGUCCCUCUUCUUAGCCUUGGAGCUGGUUGAUGGAUAUUGAACCCUUGUGGGCAAUUGGGGGGUGGUUUUCUCUUUCAAAUUGCAUGGCAGAACCUAAAUCGUCAUCACCAAUCUCAGAACCAUGCUCAAAAUCACCUUCUUUUCUUCAUUUUCUCACCCUUUUCUUCAUCCUUCUCCUCCUCAUCAAUCUAUCUCACCAACCACACCCUUCUACCAUGGCCUCUUUGGAAAGCACAAAAGCUUCAUCAGAAUCAACCAUGUCUACCACAGCCAUGCACCCUCAGAAUAGCCAGAAAUCCCGUUCUCCAUCUUCCAAGGCUGCUUCUGCUAAAAGAGAAUUUGGAGCUGAGGCUCAUGAAGUUCCAAGUGGUCCAAACCCUAUCUCGAAUUAACCGGUAAGUCAGAACUCAGAGGCAUACACCAGCACAUAUAUGAACCAUAUAUAGCUAGAGCUAGCUGAAUAUUGAAGAUGACAAGGAGAUGUAAGGGCAUAGUCACUGUUGUUGUCAUGGUCAUCUUCAUAGUUCUUAUUUUGGUUCAUCACCAUUAUAAUAUAUAUUACCUGUCUCAGCGAGAGCUUUGUUAGUAUUGUUGUUGUCAUCAUCUUAGCAAAAUUAAAUAUCUCUCCCUUUUUGGCUGAAAAUGUAUAGAAAGAGAUACUCUAUUUUCUAUAUAUGUAUCUAUCUAUGUAUGUACCUACCUAUUUCUUUCUUACAUAGAUGGUGACAGAAUGGUGUUGGUGAUGGCAUAACUAAGCAUUCAAAUCCAUCUGCUUCUGUGUGGUAAUUGGUUUUGGCUUUCUACCAUAUUUGUAUUGCAAAUUAAGUACAAAGAGUUCAAAUUUAUGUGGUUGAGUUGUGUGA